AUGAAAUUGGCAACGAAGGAUAGCAAGAUCCUUAUCGUCGGUGGUGGGGGAACGAUCGGAUCGUCUACUGCUCUGCAUUUGGCACGACGAGGAUACAAAGAUGUGCGCCUUCUCGACAUCUUCCAAAACCCGUCGCUCAAUUCAGCCGGUAACGACAACAACAAAAUGGCUGGUGAUGAUAAUCCAGGUAUCCUUGGUCAGAUCAACGGAGAGGCCUGGAGGAUGUGGAUGACAGACCCCAUUUUCAAGGAUCACGCUCAUAACGUUGGACGACUCGACCUUACCAGUAAACCGGAACGCGAAGCCCGUUUGCGAUCCCGUUAUUAUAAAAUGGUUGAAGAGGGACGCGGGGACGGAGUAGAUUGGAUCGAAGGUCAAGAACAAAUCGUUGCUAGAGCUCCCCACUUGGCUCAUGCAGAUGUUUCUGCAUGGGUGUAUGCGCAUCUGCGAUUGACACCUGAGGAAGCAAAAGCUUUGAAAGGUAUCGCAACGACGUAUAAUCACGAACUGGGCUUCAUCAUGGAGCCAGAAGAAUCCAGUCUAGAGCUGAAGAUUGUCAACGAAUUUUCCGGAUAUACACAUCUACAACCUUGUCGGCCGUUUGGUAUAGACAAUGAUGUGCAUCUUUCCGUUCCGAGGUCCAAUGCCGACAACCCGACAGACACUAUCUCCACUGAGUGCCUAGAUGCCAUCAAAAAGCUCAUCAAACUCUGGCUACCGCACCUGGUUGAUCGACCGCUAUUCAAGAUGGCAAUGUGCUGGUGCACUGACACAGUAGACAUGAAUUGGCUGUUAUGUGAACAUCCGAAAUACAAGGGCCUAGUCGUCGCUACAGGCGACUCAGGUCAGACGUUCAAAACAUUCCCUGUGGUCGGGAAGCAAGUCGUUGACUUGAUUGAGGGACUUCUUCCCGAGGACCGAAUGCACCUAUGGCGAUGGCGGCCUGACUCCGGGGACAAUGGCACCGGUCGCGAAGGACAAGAAGCCAAGGAUCUCAAGGACGUUGAUGGCUGGAAGCACAAUUGA